AUGAAUAUAAAAGUUGAUCUCUUCUCCAACCGAAACUCCAGAUGUUGUACAAAAUUGGAUCACUCCCAGUUUUCUGUUCAUGAUUGGAACCAAAUACCAAAUAUGCAGAGUCUUAUUGAAAACAUUUGUCAUAUCUGUUUUUCUACCUCACCUGUACAUAUCUAUCUGUCUAUCUCAUAUUUUUACAGUCUGUUCAUAUCUAUCUAUCCAUCUAUAUUAAUUUAUAUCUCAGCCAAUUCAUAUCUCUCUAUCUCUGUUUAUGUUUACAUCUGUUUAUAUCUAUUUUCUCUCAGUCUGCCCAUAUCUAUCUAUUCAUAUCUCUGUAUCUCAAUCGAUCUAUCUAUCUAUAUCUAUCUAUCAUAUCAUCUAUCUAUCUAUAUGUUUGUUCAAAUCUGUCUAUCUAUAACUUUUUCAGUUUGCUUAUAUCUAUUCAUCUAUCUAUAUCUCUCUAUCUCUUUAUAUUUAAGUCUGUUCAUAUCUAUCUCAGCCUUCUUUCUCCUUCUCUUUGUGUGUAUGCAUGUGUCUCUCUCUCUCUCUCUGUCACACUCUCUCCAUGUUUUAGUCAGUCUGUCUGACACUUUUUUUGACUCUCUCUAUCUUCUGCGGCUUAAAUAG